AUGUCACUUGGUGUAAAAUGCUAUGGAUUGACUAAAUCUUCUGAAAAUUUAGAAUAUAUGAUAAUUUUAAAAUACAUGAAAAGUGGAGACCUAAAUUCUUUCAUAUUUGAUGAAAAUAAUAAAUUUUGCUGGAAAGAAAUAUACUCGUUGCUUCAACAAGUACUCAAAGAACUUACUCUUAUUCACAAUUCUAAAAUG